UAACACAACCUUUAUACACAGACAUAGAAUGUAAGAGAGAGUAGUAGAUAGAUUGAUAGAUAGAUAAAUAGAUAGAUUUGUAAGGACCAUUUAGUCUCCAAGCAGUUACUGCUACACGUCAACCACAGUGUGUUACAGGUGCGUGUGUGUUCCUAGUGUGUAAAGAUGCCAUCAGGUGAGGGAAAGGGUGACAUGGAUCGUCUUGGUGUCUUUAAAGAGAUGAGCUACAUCUCCAUAGGAGACAAGUACACCUCAGCCACCAACCGUCCGUUCAAUGAAUCCGCCUAUCGUAGCCGGCAGAUGCAGGCGGGUAUGGCUAUACAACGCUGUGCCCUGCAGAACGGAUUUUUCGACAAGUCCUACAAACGGAUUUUUGAACAUGAAGCAUUAAGUGACCCGCUGAGACUGACCCGGCAGAACCGCAUCAAGCAGGCCAAAAAGAACUUGGGCAAGGCCUUCAUCCCCUGUCACGGUGUCAAGAAGCCCUGUGGUUCAGGUAGUCACUAUGGGACUCUAUCUGGGCCAGUUGAAGCAAUGAGUCCUCUGACAGUCCCCCAGAAAGCCCAUCGCUCAUCUGGACGCAACAUCAUCACCUCACCACCCAAGAAAGGCAGUGGUUACAGCUAUCCCAAUGUAACACUGUCCAUAACUGAGCUGUAUGCCUCAGACCCCUACGACGGAGCAAAAGAUGUUCUGAAGAAGGAGGCAGCGAUCCAUCGCUCCAAGUUAAGAGAUGGUCCCUUCAAGCUCAACCUUCACCCCAGAGAUUAUUUCCAAGGGAAUCCAUACCACAGUGACAAGCCACUGUCACCAGCACAUAAGCCCCUCCCACCUGUACAGAAAGUGUCUCCUGUCCCUUUCAAGCCCCCGUCCCCCAGCAAACGGAUUGGAGGAAUGAAGGCCGGAACAUUUGACACUUAUCCCCCACAUUUUGCUGAUCCAUUCAUCAUUCGCCGUUCCAAACUGACCAAUCAAGAGCCAAUCUUUCGCCCAGCCCCUGGUCCUAAAAGCACACCUGUGAAGAGUAUCAUCACUGUAAAUGUUAACAGAAGCGUGCACUCUGCAAACUACACGUCAAGCAUCCCAGCUGUGAUGACAUUCUGACAACAUUACCCAUACUGCACCCACACUAUCAGUGUACUGGCAAUGCUCGUCGUGUCAACAGCUGUCAUGAGAGUCCUGCAGAUACAAUGCUUGAAAAGGUCAUUUUAGUGUGAUACUGUAAAGUUCUGGAAGAAUGUUGAGUAUACAGUAGUAAACAAGCUCAAAUAAAGUUUGGCAAACCUAUUCUUGUCUUCAGUUCAGAAAUAAGUAACAUGCUGCUUUUAUGAUGGGUCAGAACCCCAUGUCUAUGAUACAUGUUUAUUAUGGGUUUUUGAAAAGACCUGUAGGAUGUUGCAAGGCUGCACAGUGAACUGCCUCAAAGUAUGUCCAUACAAUUAUCUCAUCUUCGACACUGAAAGCCGGUCCAACACAAGUCUGACAUGCAAAAGCAUUAAUAAUACCUAAGUCAUGUUGACAAUUCUUGUUAUUACAAGAGACAUAUGUACAACUUUAACAUUAAUACCCAUUAAGGUUAAAUAUUAAAAAGUGCAUUUCUAUUUUUUCAAAGGCAUGAUUUCACAGUGCUUCUCUGUAAACGUUAAAUGACAGAUGAGAAACACAAUGGUUGACACACAACUUCAAUUUCCAAAGGACACAUAAUGUCAUUGAUUCCACAGGAUGUUGGAAGCUCCAUGUUGACAUAACAUAACUACUGCAGAUUUGUGUGUGAAGAGAACAUUUCCCACAUACACACCUCAUGUUGACACAAGGCCGUUCAGGUCAUUCAUCAGACCAGGCUACGUUUGUAAGUUGAUUUGGACAAAAGCAUCAGCUAAAUUAAUGUAUUGUAAUGUUUUUCUGUCCUCAAAUGUCCAGUGUUGGCGAGUCUGUGUCAACUGUAGCCUCAGAUUUCUAUAUUGGGCUGACUGGGGUGGAACCCUAAUGUGGUGUCUGCUAUUGUACACCAUCUACCACAUGCUGUUCAUUCUGGGAAUGGUUAUCUGAGUUACUGUAGCCUUUGUCUUCAAACCCCAGCCUGUCUGACACCAGCAUUCAUGUCACAGUCCCUAAGAUCAUGUUUCUUCAUCAUUUUGAUGUUUGAUGUGAACACUACCUGAAGCUCCUAGCCUGUAUCUAUAGGAUGUUAUACACUGUACUGCUUGAUUAAAUGAUUGGAUAACUGCAAAAAUUAUUAGUGCG